UCCAUGUCCGUCCGCUGGCCGCGCUGCCCCCUCGGAAGCCAUGCUUGGAUACUGAUAGCCAUGUUUCAGCUUGCCAUGGAUUUCCCCACCUGCGAGGCCCUGGGUCCAGGCACUGAGUUCCGGCUCCUGCCAAGGCCACUGCACCGGCCACCCCGGCUGUGGAGCAUGAGGAGUGGACAGUCUGUGCGGAUGCCGGCCCCCCUGUGGAGCCCCCGGUCAUCCCGUGGGGAGCGGACCCAAGGGCUGAUGCAGACACCCCGAGCCAGACGGGCCCACAGGCCGCGGGACCCGGUGGCCACCCUCGUGCCCAAGGGCGGGCUCGCCAAGCCCCCUGCUGCUGCCAAAUCCAGCCCUUCCCUGGCCUCCUCGUCCUCGUCCUCCGCAGUGGCUGGCGGGGCCCUGGAGCAGCGGGUCCUCUUGAGGAGAGGAAAGCGGCACCUGCAGGGGGACAGUUUCAACAGCGUUGACUUCAGGGGCGGCCGGCCCACCACGGAGACUGAGUUCAUCGCCUGGGGACCUACGGGGGACGAGGAGGCGCUGGAGUCCAACACGUUUCCAGGCAUCUAUGGCCCCACCACGGUCUCCAUCUUACAAACGCGGAAGACGACGGUGGCCGCCACCACCACCACCACCACGGCCACCCCCUUGACGCUGCAGACUAAGGGGUUCACUGAGUCCCUGGAUCCCCGGAAAAGGAUCCCGGGUGGGGUUAGCACAACGGAGCCUUCCGCCAGUCCCAGCAGCAACGGGGAAGACGUCAAGCCCCCAAGGAUUCUGGGGGAGACCUCAGGUCUGGCUGUCCAUCAGAUCAUCACCAUCACCGUCUCCCUCAUCAUGGUCAUAGCUGCUCUCAUCACAACUCUUGUCUUAAAAAAUUGCUGUGCCCAAAGCGGGAACACGCGUCGGAACAGCCACCAGCGGAAGACCAACCAGCAGGAGGAGAGCUGCCAGAACCUGACGGACUUCCCCUCGGCCCGGGUGCCUAGCAGCCUGGACAUAUUCACGGCCUAUAACGAGACCCUGCAGUGUUCGCACGAGUGCGUCAGGGCAUCCGUGCCUGUGUACACUGACGAGACGCUGCACCCAGCAGGGGAGUACAAGUCCACGUUCAAUGGCAACCGACCCUCCUCUUCUGAUCGGCAUCUUAUUCCUGUGGCCUUUGUGUCUGAGAAAUGGUUUGAAAUCUCCUGCUGACUGGCCGAAGUCUUUUUUACUUCCUGGGGGCAGGGCAGACGCCAUGUAUCUACUUCAUGGAUUCCGUUGGUGAACCUGUAAAAACAAAACAAACAAAACAAAACAAAAAAAGACAAAACCUAAAACUACGCUAUCUAAGGGGGAAGGUCCCCAAAUCUACCACUUCUGUCUGCCGGUGGGAAACUCCCAGAGCAGAAGGCUCCAGGCCAAAUCUAUUUUUGUAAAAAUGCUCAUGCCUGUGGGUGACCGCCUUCUCCCGGAGUUUUCUUUGGAGAACAGAAAGAAGAAACUGGAGGCAGAGAGAAAAGGACACCAAGAGAAAGGACAGGAGGACGCGUCCGAAAACUAGGAUCUGUUCUACGAUUCUGAACCUGUGCCAAUAAUACCAUUAUGUGCCAUGACUGACCGAGAGGCUCGGCCUCAGAGCCGCCGAUGCCCAGCGAAUCACACGGAGAAAUCUUACAGAAAACAGGGGUGGGAGUCUCUUCCGAAAGAGUCACUAUUUCUGGUCAAUAUACAUAUAUAAAUAUAUAAAUACACACACACACACACACACACACACACACACACACACACACACACACACACACCUUUUUUGUACUGUAGCAACUUUUGAAGAUCUUAAAUGUUCCUUUUUAAAAAAAAAUGAAUUGUGUUAUAGGUUACAGAAUCUGAUUUAUUUAACAUGCUUAGUAUGAACAAAAUAAACUGGUGUUUUCUACUUUGGCCACUCCCCUCACACACACACUGCGCACACACACGCAUAUAUACGCAUAUAUUGGAAAUGCAGUUUCACAGGUGAGCAUACUCUUUCCGGUGACCUGGUAUCCCAUCACCGUUUAUCCUCGGGGACCCAGCCUCCACCUGGAGGACAAGGCUCUUGAGUGACACCGCCUGCGUUUGCUAGAUGUCUGGUGAGUGACUUCACAAGUGUGAUUUGUUACCUUGGGCCAGAGAACUGAGAGCGCCAUGGUUUUUAUAUGUAUGUGUGUGUGUGUGUGUGUGUAUAUAUAUAUAUAUAUAUAUAUGUUUGUGUAUAUAUAUAUACAUAUACAUAUGCAUAAAUACGAUUUUUUUCAUUUAACUGUUUGGAGAUGCUACCUACAGCCAUGCACACAUUUACGUAGCAGGCUAUUUACAGUGGGCCUGCGCACCAGGUUUGGUGGGUGGUAGAUUUGCAGAUAUUUGUGUCAUACAAGCAUAGACCGAAUUAAAGAAAUUUUCCAGUUCCAAAAAUUAAAGGAGUAUGUCCUUACAAAGUGUGUGUGUAAUAUCAGGGCAGAACUCGGAAAUGCAUGAGGGCUCUGGUGUGGCUAAACAUGAAGAAUGAUCAUUCUAUGUGCUGGCAAUGCAGGCCGCCCCUGUGGGUGGUCCCUGGCUAGCGUGGACUGCAUUUCUAUCCCACACUCCAGUGGACAGAGGUUGCCUGCUUUGUCUUGGGCCCAAGGGUGCCUUGGAAUCUUGGUGGAAACUUCAGGGAAGAUGCCGCUGUCUUGUCAACUGUCCUUGGCUGAUGUUUGCGUUUUGUCAUCAAAAAUUUUACCACAGAACUUCCCAGUGAAAACAGGGGCCCCAGACCAGAGCCUCAUGACCAAAAGGCCCUCCACACACCAUCUUGGUGGCGGAGGGCCCCCUCACAAGCCCCAUCUGACACAGCUCCCUGGGGCCCCAGACUUGGGCAACAAGGGGUGCUCCCAGGACCCCACACUGUUCCCCAUAAGAGGACAUUUCCUCCCUGUGGGGACGUCCAGGUCAUGUGUGGGUGGCCUGUCUCCAAAGAAUAUGGUUCCUGUGCAUGGCCUGUGCGCAGCUCUGAUUUCAGGGGUGGGUUGCUUGAGUAAAUUGAGUGAAAUGUUGCAGACAAGGUUAAAGGUCAGAGUUCAGACAGACAGCUGUCCCUGCCCCACUUACUGGCCGUGCUAAUGACCUGAUUCUUCCCUCGGGCUCAGUCUUCCCCUGAAACACCUUGAAGCGUGCUUGAGAAAGUCACUUUUGUACCUCCUGAGACGUGUGAACGUAGAGCCAGACGGGUGGAGGGGAAAAGGGUGUCUUGUGACACAGCAGAGCUAAAGUUUGUAUCCAUGGUGCUGCAGGUGAAUCACUAGGAAAGUCACUCUUUUAGUUCUGUCAUUUUCCCCCAAAGCUUUGGCACGCACGUAGCAAGACAACACAAACAUCCACCCCUGGCGUUUGAUCACCUCCGAGCUCCUGGAACUCACCUGCAUGGCGCUCCAGCGCACACCUGUCUGUCCAUCAUCCGGCCUCGUCUAUCUCAUUAUCCUCAAAUCAUUCCCUUGCUGGAGGUGGGCCUCCCUGACUCCAAGUGGGUAAGCACAGUUUGGUGUAAUUGCAGGGUGAGGGCUGUUCGUAUUCGUUAGGCAGUGGAGGCUGCGGUUCUGGUCUUUGGCAUUCUCAGCUCCAGAGUGAGCACCAUUGGGAAGGAGGUGGCUGGGGAGCCCCAUUCGUUCACUGACCUUGCGGAGCCGGACUUCCAGACAGACCCCUGGUAUCUGCCCUGCCAUCUCCGACCCCAACUCAGCCUCCUUCCUCAACCCUGGGCUGCACCCUGGAUGCGACAAACUUAAAAUAACAAAGCCCUCCCCAAAGCUCUCCCCCCAUCACAGCCACAUGCUCCAGGCAGGGCUGUGAGACCCACACAGGUAAAACCAUCCGACAAGUAAACGUGUGCACAUUCCAUACCCAGAAGUCUAUCUGUACUGAUGUCUGUCAAAAUAAAUCCACUUAGGCGGAGGCUGCUAUUUUCUGGUGAUUGAGGGAGAUUAGUAAAGACAUGUUAUUUUAGUUUUUAAAUGGCUACCUAUUUCCCAGACUGGCAACUGGAAACAUCAUCUAGGUAAGAGGAGAUAGCACUUGCAAGUAAACAAGCCUACAUGGUUCGGCCCCACCCACAGUAAAGUCCAUGGAACCAGAGCCUGGGAUUUUGCUGAUCCAGGCUAUAUGUGUCCAUGCCCAAACAUCUUGUGUGUCAGUGUCUGCUGAGUUGGCCCGGCCAGUCCUUCUGCAGUCCUUGGGAGCCACGCUCUAAGCAGAAUUCAGAGUCUGUUAGAAGACGCCCCCUUCCCCACCAAUGCCUGGUCCUUACAUUUUAUUCGAGCUUUUAUUCUUCAAGAAGAGAGCUCAAAGGAAGGCUGACAUGGUUUAUUGAGGUCUCA